AUGGGUAGAGGACCUAAGAAGCACCAGAAGCGCCUCAGUGCGCCCAAGCACUGGCUGUUGGACAAGCUGUCCGGCACCUACGCCCCCAAGGCCUCCGCUGGUCCUCACAAGGCUCGCGACUGCCUGCCCCUCAUCGUCUUCAUCCGCAACCGCCUCAAGUACGCCCUCAAUGGCCGUGAGGUCAAGUCGAUCCUGAUGCAGCGCCUGGUCAAGGUCGACGGCAAGGUCCGCACCGACGUGACCUACCCUUCCGGCUUCAUGGACGUCAUCACCAUCGAGAAGACCGGCGAGAACUUCCGCCUCGUCUACGACACCAAGGGCCGCUUCACGGUCCACCGCAUCCAGGCCGAGGAGGCCGAGUACAAGCUCGGCAAGGUCAAGCGUGUCCAGCUGGGCCGUGGCGGUAUCCCAUUCUUGGUUACGCAUGAUGCGAGAACCAUCCGCUACCCUGACCCUCUCAUCAAGGUCAACGACACUGUCAAGGUCAACCUGUCCACUGGCAAGAUUGACGACUUUGUCAAGUUCGAGAUUGGUAACCUGGCCAUGGUCACUGGUGGUCGUAACAUGGGUCGUGUUGGUGUCAUCACCCACCGUGAGCGUCACGAUGGUGGUUUCAACAUUGUCCACGUUAAGGAUGCCAUUGACAACACCUUCGCUACCCGGGAGUCCAACGUCUUCGUCAUUGGUGCUGAGAAGCCCUGGAUCUCCCUGCCCAAGGGCAAGGGUGUCAAGCUUACCAUCGCUGAGGAGCGUGAUCGCCGCCGUGCUCACGCCAUCGCUGGUCAGUAA